AUCCCAUCUCUCCUCCCCACAGCCUGCCCACCCAUGGCAGCUUCACUGAGCCGCCUCUGCUUCAUCUCCCUCCACGUGCCCUACAGGCAAGGAUGGGCCCAGGACCUGGCCAAAACCUUUCGCUUCCAGCCAGUGGCUGUGCGGGAGACGCCGCGGGUCCGGCAGCUGGCCUUGCAACGGGGAGCUGCUGUCUUCCUCCUCAAUGAGCGCCUGGCACCGGAGCCUACCCACAGCUCCUCUCCCGAUUUCCUCUAUGACGUUGACCCCCGGCCCACUUUGGGCACAGCCUCCAAUGUCUGCUUUGAAGUGGAUGAUGUACCACAGCUCUGCAAGUGGCUGCAGAGCCAGGGAUGCUCUCUGCCAGUGCCCCCCACUGAAGUGAGGGAUAAUGAUGGCUCUGUCACUUAUGGGGUGGCAAGCUCUGUUGUGGGCAACAUCAGCCAUACCCUUUUGGACAGAUCUCGCUACCAGGGACCCUUCCUGCCUGGCUUCCAGCCCAUCCAAGGAGCUUCCUCAGCCACAAAGGACAGGAUCGAGAUCACCCACUUUGACCAUAUCACUUACGUAUGCCCACGGGGUGGUGCCCGGGUGGCUCUGGACUGGUACCAGCACUGCUUUGGCUUCCACCGCUUCUUGCUGAACCCACAGGAGAGGCCAGCUGAAGGGUACGUGCUUGAAGGGCAUGGAGUGGGCAUGCUGCUCCUUGCACUGCAGAGUGUCCAGGCCACCCCAGCACAUGGCUGCAAGCUCAUCUUCGCUGAGUCUCUCUCGAAGGAUGGCUCCAACCAAGUCGAUACCUUUCUAGAACAGCACGGUGGGGCUGGGAUCCAGCACAUUGGCCUCCACACCAAUGAUAUCGUCACCACGACCAGGGCCUUGCUAGAGCAGGGUGUACGGUUCUUCACACCCCCUGCUGCCUAUUACAGCCAGCAGAGCAAAGCAGAGGAGAUCCGGAAGGCUGGGCAGGACCCACACACACUGGCAGAGCUUGGCAUUCUGCUGGACACCAAAGUGUCCAGGGACAAGGGGCAACCAGGUGUAGAUGCUGCAGAGAGCCCUUCCGAGGAGUAUUUAAUGCAGAUCUUCACCCAUCCCAUCUUCUCUGAGGAAACCUUCUUUCUGGAGCUCAUUGACCGUCGGGGAGCACCAGGCUUUGGGGAAGGCAAUAUACAGGCACUGUGGAAAGCUGUGCAGGUCUAUAUGGACCAGCAGCAGUAG